AUGACCAUUAACCUGACCGAAGUUGAUGAGAAGGUGGGUGGGAGGAAAACUUUCCAUCUCUGCAGAACUCUGGAAUGGCUGCUCCAAGGUUCACCCAUGGUGGAUCCUCCUCCCAUGGUGGAUCCUCCUCCCAUGGUGGAUCCUCCUCCCAUGGUGGACCCUUCUUAUCUUGACCGCCUUCUUCCUAAAAAGAAAAUAAAGAAGGAACCAAAAGAAGAGAAAGUGGGGGAACCAAAAGAAGCGAAAGUUGGUAAACCAAAGAAAACCAAGGAAGAGAGGGAAGCGGCCAUUGCUCUUAAAGUGAAGAAGAAAGAGGAGGAAGAGGCUGCUCGCUGGCGGUGGUGGGAAGAGGAGAAAUACGAAGAUGGGGUUAAAUGGCGAUUUCUGGAACACAAGGGUCCUGUAUUCGCUCCACUCUACGAACCACUACCCCCGCAUGUCAAGUUCUACUAUGACGGUAAGAAGUCUUUGUCAACUAUAUUGGCAUUUUAG